AUGGUUGCGACUCGGAAUAUCAAAGCUGGCGAAGAAAUCCUGACGAUGUACUGUGGGCUGCAGGUUCCAAAAGCAGAGCGUCACCGCAAUCUGCUACCUUACGGCAUCGAUCCUUGCCGUUGCCGGGCCUGCGGGACCACCAAUCAAAUCUAUUCAGACCGGAGGAGAAAGUCAAUAUGCAGCUUUGACAUGAUAGGAGCGAAGAAUCUCCCGCCGCGAGCCGCAUUGAAAGAAUUUGCACGGCUGGUAAAAUUGAUUGAAAAAGAGAAACUGCAUUGUUUGGAUAUUUAUCCCAUUGCUUUACACUGGAUGGGUUACUUCUGGGGGAAAGUGAACCAGAAGAUUUUGGGAGGCGAAUACUUUGACAGACGGAGGACAUCGAAAUUGUAUAACUGGAUGCGUGUUACUGGAGAUAGUACAACAUUCGCCGACCGCCUGGAGCCGCUUGGCGAGUGCGCUGUCACUCACGCCUUUCGACAACGAUCUUCCGUGGUGGAAGAGGGUGGAGGUAACAAAGGGUAA